GCAGAUAAACAAAUGUUCAAAUUUGGAGUUAAAAGUAUUGAAAAAAGAGAAGACGAAGUAAUGGUUAAGCUAUUAUACACCCCGAGAGCUCAUACAAUGCUUAAAAAAUUAGGCAAUUUACCCAUUGCAUAUUUAAGAUUAGCGGUGGAGGAUGAUUGUGAAUUACAUAUACUAAGAAAUCUGUAUCAACGCUAUACAUUUAAUUUAAAGGAUGAUGAAGGAGAAAGUUUACAAAUGGUGAAAGAUAGUACAGAAGGUAGGCUAAUGAUAAGUGAUGGAAGAGAAACGGAGAAAAUCGUGAUGCAGCAGCAGCAGCAGCAACCACCACAGCAGACGUCGAUAAGUGAAAAAAGAAAAGUAAAUUUUGUAUUUCCAAACAACGAAGAAAAAUGCAACAAAAAAAAAUUAUUGGAAAGUAGGAUGAAUAAACCAUGUUCAACAAUGACGCAGAAGCAGCCGCAAUCGCCACCAAACGAAUUAGUAGAAGUGUAUGAUGAUGAUGCAUUUGAUUUUAACAGCCAAAAAUAUUCAUUGCAAGAAUUGUAAUUUGUUCGUAAUUGAAUA